GCCGCGCGUCUUGCUUUCUGGGUUCCUUUUGCCUUCUGUCCUAGCGCAACCUUGUCAGCGAGCAGGCUGGCCGGCCAUGUUCUUCUCUCUGGCGUCUCAGGCCCGAGCGGCCGGCCUCACCGCCCGCUGGGGAAGACAAAUAAGGAAUUUGCAUAAGUCAUCUGUGCAGAAUGGUGCUGGAGGAGCCUUAUUUGUGCACAGAGAUACUCCUGAGAAUAACCCAGAUACCCCAUUUGAUUUCACACCAGAAAACUAUAAGAGAAUAGAAGCAAUUGUGAAAAACUAUCCAGAAGGACACAAAGCAGCAGCUGUGCUUCCAGUCCUGGAUUUAGCCCAAAGGCAGAAUGGGUGGUUGCCCAUCUCUGCUAUGAACAAGGUUGCAGAAGUUUUACAAGUACCUCCAAUGAGAGUAUAUGAAGUUGCAACUUUUUAUACAAUGUAUAAUCGAAAGCCAGUUGGAAAAUACCACAUUCAGGUCUGCACUACCACACCUUGCAUGCUUCGUAACUCUGACAGCAUACUGGAUGCCAUCCAGAAAAAGCUUGGAAUAAAGGUUGGGGAGACAACACCUGACAAACUUUUCACUCUUAUUGAGGUGGAAUGUUUAGGGGCUUGUGUAAAUGCACCAAUGGUUCAAAUAAAUGACAACUAUUACGAGGAUCUGACACCUAAAGAUAUUGAAGACAUUAUUGAUGACCUCAAAGCUGGCAAAGUUCCAAAACCUGGGCCAAGGAGUGGACGUUUCUGUUGUGAGCCAGCUGGAGGUCUUACCUCUUUGACUGAACCACCUAAAGGUCCUGGAUUUGGUGUUCAAGCAGGCCUCUAAUUUAUACUAAACUAUAAGUAUGUCACUGGAGAAAUAAAGCACGAAGCUCCUCCUUUAUAUA